GCCCCGCUCCCGCCUCCCGCCAAUGACGGCCGGGCCCGUCAGCGCGAGCGUCACGGGGCGGUGCCAAGAUGGCGAAGGUGUCGGAGAUGUACGACGUGACUUGGGAAGAUAUGCGUGAUAAAAUGAGGAAAUGGAGGGAAGAAAACUACCGAAACAGUGAACAGAUAGUGGAUGUUGGAGAAGAGUUAAUUAAUGAAUAUGCAUCUAAACUUGGAGAUGACAUUUGGAUAAUUUAUGAACAGGUGAUGAUUGCUGCCCUGGACUGCAGUCGAGAUGAUCUGGCAUUGUUUUGUCUUCAGGAACUAAGGCGGCAGUUUCCUGGGAGCCACAGAGUUAAACGAUUAACUGGAAUGCGAUUUGAAGCUAUGGAAAGGUAUGAUGAUGCUAUCCAGUUAUAUGAUAGAAUUUUACAAGAAGAUUCAACUAAUACAGCAGCAAGAAAGCGUAAGAUUGCCAUUCGAAAAGCCCAGGGGAAGAAUCUCGAGGCCAUCCGAGAGCUGAAUGAGUAUCUGGAACAAUUUGUUGGAGACCAAGAAGCUUGGCAUGAACUUGCAGAGCUUUACAUCAAUGAACAUGACUAUGCAAAGGCAGCCUUCUGCUUAGAGGAGCUUAUGAUGACUAAUCCACACAACCACUUAUAUUGUCAGCAAUAUGCUGAAGUUAAAUACACUCAAGGGGGUCUUGAAAACCUUGAGCUAUCAAGAAAGUAUUUUGCACAAGCACUGAAGCUUAACAACAGAAAUAUGAGAGCUCUGUUUGGACUUUACAUGUCUGCCAGUCAUAUUGCUUCCAAUCCAAAAGCAAGUGCAAAAAUGAAAAAGGAUAAUAUGAAAUAUGCCAGCUGGGCAGCAAACCAAAUAAACAGAGCAUACCAGUUUGCAGGUCGCAGUAAGAAAGAAACUAAAUACUCUUUGAAGGCAGUGGAAGACAUGUUGGAGACCCUGCAAAUCACUCAGUCUUAGUUUGGCACAGAGAUCCAAUAUGAAAUUUUUCAAUACCAUGCUCAACCUGUGGGUUAUGUUACUGUAGUGCUGUUAAAAGUUAAUUUUGUAUUGAUUAACGUCCUAUAUAAGAUAACAUUUUAUGAAAAGUAAAAUGCCUAUUUAUUGCUGCUAUAAGAAAUAUGAUGAAUACCCACUGAAAUGAAUAACUUUAUCCACGUAGAAAACAUAAAGAAAUUACAUGCUGCACAUCAUUUCCUUCAGAUUUUUUGUACCUACAGUACCUGCUUCUAAGCCAUAAUUUGUAGAAAUAAACUUGUUAAAUGAUU